CUAUCUAUCUAUCCUUUAAUGUUGAAAUGGUUGGACUUUUGGGCUGUCGGUUUCUGUUGAUAAAAAAGUUUGAAAAUAAGCAGCAGAAAUACCAGAGAAAACAUCGUAUUCAAUAUGGAAGGCCUUUGGAUAUCAUUUUGGAUGAGGGGUGCUUUGAGUCAGAAGGUUUGAGAACUGCUGUGUUGUAUGCUUCUCAUUCACAUUUAGAUUUACUGUAAGCUGAGCAGACCUAGCCUACAUGCUGUCUAGUUGAUGAUCAUAAUGUAUCUUGUCGUGUGAUCCCUUUGUUCCUGUCUUUAACGUGUAAUUUUUGUGUUCAUAUACCAUAUCCUGUUAUGUGAAUAUGUAAAUAUAUCCAGUACAUGUAUGUGUGUGUGCACAGUGAUCUAGAGUGUAUUACUGUAAAGGCCACUCUCUGGCCUGUUCCAGCCCAAUAAAAUGUGUGAAAAAAAGACACUUGUUAACCAGUUCAGAAAGUAGAGGGGGUAUGAACUGUGAACGGCAUCAAUUUUAGCCCGCCCGCUUCCUCACGCUACUGCGGGACAGAGAGUAUUGAUGUCAGUGGCCGUUUGAAGCCAGUCUGCGCUAAGUGCUCUGUUCUGUGACUGGAAUCUGAUUGUCUGUUUUUAAUGAAAUGGAUUAGUUCCACUUGUCCACUGUUAAAAGACAUAAUUUCACUCCGUUCAGACUGGCUUCUAAAAACAGUCUGAUACUGUACGGAGUUGUGGUAUUUACAAAUACAGACCUAGUUUGCACCACAGGCUGAAUAUACAUUAUCUGUUUGGCUGGGAGCCACAGAGGGCAGAAACGGCACUGCAUGCACUUUGCUCUACUUACGUCACUUUAUAUAACUUUGUGUUCGGUAAUGCAACGUGGGGUUGAGGACCGAGCUCUGGAGGGCAAGGUUGGGGUCAAAAAUUAGAAGCUGAAACAAGAUCAUAUGCACAUAGUGAAGUCUCGCCUACACAUACUCAGAUAGAGAGAGAGACCGGUGUCCUUUGCUCAUCUCAGCUACUGGAAAAAAAAAAAAAAAAACUGAAGUCAAGGGCUCAAACGGGUUUGGUGAGGCAAUUUUCUAGAAACGGUAAACACACUGCAUCAUAAUAAAUGUCAGAGACACACACCUCUCUCUUUUUUUCUCAAGGCUGUUUUUGGGAAGUCCAGGCACUUGAGAUAAGCAUCUGAGAAAUGUUGCGUCAACCUGAGCGACCUUACAGAAAGCUCUUCCCCCCUCCGUUCUCCUCACUUCCUUGUACCCUGUUUCACGCCACCCCUAUGCGAUCUCUGAUCUAUAGGACCCCGGACACAUUUUUGGCAGAGCAUGCAGGUAAAGAUGAGCCCAGCAGCUACACUUGCACAACCUGUAAACAGCCGUUCAGCAGCGCCUGGUUUCUGCUGCAACAUGCCCAGAACACUCAUGGCUUCCGCAUCUACCUUGAGAGCGAGCGCGGAAGUCCGCUCACACCCCGUGUGGCAGCUCCUUCAGGAAUGGGCGCAGAUUGCUCCUCUCAGCCCCCCCUGCAUGGCAUCCAUCUCCCAGAGGGAAGCCCAUUCAACCUGCUGCGGAUACCCAACAAUGGACGCGAUGGACCUCCUCUCCGAGAGGGUCGGUUUCCCCCUACGCCACCUCUCUUUAGCCCUCCACCCCGCCAUCACUUGGACCCUCAUCGCAUGGAGCACCUGAGCCCGGAGGAGCUGGCUUUGGCCACCCAUCACCCGAGUGCCUUUGACAGGGUGCUGCGCCUCAACCCCAUACCCAUGGAUCCCCCAGCUAUGGACUUUUCUCGUAGGUUGAGGGAGCUGGCUGGUAACACCUCAGGGUCAACUCCUCCUCUCUCACCCAACCGGCCCAGCCCUAUGCAACGGCUACUGCAACCAUUCCAGUCAGGAACCAAGCCACCCUUUCUCUCUAGCCCUCCCCUACCUUCCAUGCAGUCCCCCUCUGGCUCCCAGUCCACCCCAACCCCUCUUCCUCAACAGCCCAACACGCCCUUGAAGUCCAAGUCUUGUGAGUUCUGUGGGAAGACCUUCAAGUUCCAGAGUAAUUUAAUAGUGCAUCGACGCAGUCACACGGGUGAGAAACCGUACAAGUGCCACCUGUGCGACCACGCCUGCACGCAGGCCAGCAAGCUGAAGCGGCACAUGAAGACACACAUGAAUAAGUCAUCACCAAUGACUGUCAAAUCCGAUGACGGCUUGUCCACGGCCAGCUCUCCUGAACCGGGAACCAGCGACUUGGUGGGUAGUGCCAGUAAUGCCCUCAAGUCUGUGGUAGCCAAAUUCAAGAGUGAAAACGAUCAUCUGAUUCCAGAGAACGGAGAGGAAGACGAGGAAGAGGAAGAGGAGGAGGAGGAAGAAGAAGAGGAGGAAGAGGAAGAGGAGGAAGGAGAGGAAGAGGAGCUGGAGAGGGAGAGAGGUAGAAACAACUACCACUUUAGCCUCAACCUUGAGGCUACACGGCACCACGAGAACAACGGUGGCCGUCUGGCUGCAGGUGAGGGCGAGGAUGGGAUUCCGCGUUCGCUGCCUGAGGUUAUUCAGGGCAUGGGCUUAGCUGCCAGCAUGCAGCACUACAGCGAGGCAUUUCAUCAACACAAGCGAGGAGCUCUAAACUCGGACAGUAAUGCACAUAGGGGCAUGUGUGAUGAGGACUCCGCUCUGGAAUCAGACCGAGUGGACGAGGGCUGUGGCUCAGCUAUCAACGGUCGCGGCUCGUCCCCCAGCGAGUCGGCCUCCGUCGGUUUGUCCAAGAAGCUCUUACUGGGCAGUCCCAGCUCACUUAGUCCUUUCUCCAAACGAAUCAAGCUGGAGAAAGACUUUGAUCUCUCGACCCCUACAAUCCCCAACACUGAGAAUGUCUAUUCUCAGUGGUUGGCUGGAUACGCUGCCUCCCGGCAGCUCAAGGACCCCUUUCUGAGUUUUGGGGAUUCCAGACAAUCGCCUUUCGCCUCGUCUUCAGAGCACUCCUCAGAGAACGGAAGCCUGCGCUUCUCUACGCCACCAGGGGACCUGGAUGGUGGCGUCUCGGGCCGCAGCGGGACUGGCAGUGGUGGCAGCACACCACACCUCGGGGGUCCCGGUCGGCCCAGCUCGAAAGAUGGCCGACGCAGUGACACCUGUGAGUUCUGCGGCAAAAUAUUUAAAAACUGCAGCAAUCUGACAGUGCACCGGCGCAGCCACACGGGCGAGAGGCCUUAUAAGUGUGAUCUCUGCAAUUAUGCAUGUGCCCAGAGCAGCAAGCUAACACGGCACAUGAAAACACACGGGCAAGUGGGCAAGGACGUUUACAAAUGUGAAAUCUGUCAGAUGCCUUUUAGUGUGUACAGCACCCUUGAGAAACACAUGAAAAAAUGGCACAGUGACCGCGCAUUGAACAACGAAAUUAAAACUGAGUAACGGGGAAGUGUGGUAACUCACUUGCCUGUUAACAGCGAAUAACACCUUACCCCACUCCCACCCUCAUCCUUGUAGAUUUCCCUGUUUCGCUAGUCCAGUGGCGGCUAAGACAACGUGCUUGGCACCACCAGCACACCCUUUUCAUUUACCGUUGAAUGCAUGAUCUGUAUCGGGGCAAUACUAUUGCAUUGACGCAAACUUGGAGCCUUUCUCUUGUGCAAUAAUUUACAUGUUGUGUACUUUUUCUUUUUCCUUUCCCAUUUUGGAAAAUUAUGACAGCAUGCAUGAUGAUAUAUUUUGGCUAAUUUUAAAAUAAAUUGUCCCUGGUUGGUUAGUUGUUUAGUAAAUGUGUUGCUGUUUUAACGUUCAUUAUUUGAAAAUGUUUUUUCUUUAUUUUUCUUUUUUUUGUUUUAAGAUCUAAGAAAAAGAAAAGAAAAAACAACCAUGCUGCAUACAUUCUGUAAUACAUAUCAUGUACAGUUUUGUGUUGUAACAUGGAGGACUACAGGCUAUUGCUUAACCCUCUUUGGACGGGCUGGAUAUCGCACUUAAACUUUUCUUUCAAAAAGAUGUUCUGUCCACAUAGGGUUAAAAUAUGAAUCGGCCCCUGAUAUGGAAAAAAAAAAGAGUAAUGACAGCCUUUGGAUUUCUUGAAAAGGAAACAGCAUUAAGAUUUGAAUUUGUACUAUCAUUUGGUAAAACAAACAAAAAGAGUGCCUUGGAUAUCUUGAAAUUGCAUUGGUUAAUCUCAUCUGCUGUAAUUCUGGAGUCUCAGCUAGAUACUACAUAAGGAUCGAUUGGAUCCUCAAAAGGUUCUUGCAUCAAGCACCUGACCGCUACAGUCAACUGUGACUUUAGAGAGAAAUAGUAGUAAUCAAAAAGCUAAAUAAAUUUCUAGUUAAUCAUCAUUAGGUACCUAUGUAAAAUGUAUCUUUCCAUUGUGGUUUAUGUCCCGGCCAUGGCACAAGCAGUAUAUGGUGUGAGAUUCAGUCUUGUUUACUUCUUCUAUCUGAAGGUACUGUACUUGGCGGUACUAGUUUUCAAUCCACAAUCAUUUGACUUUUCCGUGUUUGUUCAAGUCUUAUCUUCAGUAGCACAACAUUUUGACGUUUCUUUGAUGACCAUUGUUAGUGUGAACGUCAAUGGUGAAGGAACACUUGAGGGCAUUUGGACCGAACCAAUGUAAUGUUCACUUGAGAAUUGGUUAAUAAGAAAGCAUUGAAAUAUUUGCAGCUGUCAGUGAUGAUUAACUAUGAAUUGCCUACAGGUCUGAGUCAAAAUCUUAUUUCUUUAUUAUUGCCUAUGUCUGAGCUCCCUAAAAGACUAAAUGAGCCUGAAAGACCGACUGAGCGAGAGAGAGAGAGAGAGAGAGAGAGAGAGAGAGAUAGAGGGAAAACCAUACAUGUCACUUUUAUUCCUUUGUUUUAUACAAUAUGAGUUUCACACAUAGUGUGGUAUAAGUUGACAUUCAAGGGACUCUUUUUCAUUGCUGCAUUAUGACAUCAAAGCUGCAUUAUGACUUUAGACAACGUUUUUGGUGUUUAGACAGCACCUGCCACUCUGCCCUUCUUUUUUUUUUAUUAGACAUGCUAAUUGGAAGUAUAGUAUUUGAGUAUAAAUUACAAUUGCUUGCUUGUUGGACAACGAAGUGCACUGUUAAAGUUUCCCAGUUUACAGGUAUUCACGAGAGGGAAAACUUCCAAAAUAAUCGAACAUGGUGUCAUUAUUUAAUGUAAAAAAGCCAACUCCUCCUCUCACCCCACGAAGAUAAAGCCCAACUCCGAUAUAAUAUUAUUGUGUCAAAGCACACAGUGCUUGACAAAGUACGGACAAUUGAAACUUGCUGCUUUCACUGCAAGAACUUUUUUUUGUACAAAUCUUUUUUUAAGUAUGAAAAUAAAAUGACUUUUUUAAAAGGUAACAUUAUCUUAGGGGAAACUGUAUUUAAGUUUGUUGUUUCUCUUUUCCUCUUUGUCUUGGUGGUGUUCAAGACUUGAUCACAUUAUAUAUAAAAUGGGAAAAAUAUGUUUUUUUUUCUGCUUUUUCUUUUUACAUCUUGGCUCUUCACAGCUCUUCAGGUCAAACUUGCAUUGGGGAAAGGUUUAAGAUUAUAUAUAAAAUAUAUAAUAGAGAAACUUAAAUAUAGGAAAAUGCACAUCAUGUCGGUUCCUAUGCUAAAACACAUUUAUGGUCUACUUUCUUCUGUAUUUCUAGAAUGGUAUUUGAAUUAAAUGUUCACCUAGUGUAGGUACUACAGUAUUUAUAUUGAGGCUUGUAUUUUUAACUGUUGCUUGUUCUCUCAAAAGGUAUUAUUGUACCUUUUUUGGUAGUGGAAAAAAACAACAAGCUGCCACGGUAUAUUUUUUUAAUUUGGCAGGAUAAUAUAGUACGAAUUAUUUGUAUGUUUAAAAAAAGAAAACGGGGGAAAAAAAUCAAAUUAAAAAAUUAAAGUAUGUGGCAUUGAACAAAGGAGGCCAUUCAAUGGUUUCCCAGAGGAGUCUUUUGAGAAUGUCCACACUAGCUAAAACAGGUGGUUGUACAUAUCUUUUUUUCUGUUCUUCUUUUUUAAAAUCUCCUCUGCUGCCAUUCUGUAUGCAGUACAGCAAGCUAAUGUUGGGUUGUUCUGUAGUGUGCUUCUGUCUUUUCACCUGUCUCACCUGAAUACAUUCCAGCAUCUUGAAAAAAAGCUAACUUCAUAUGCAGUAAAAUACCAGUAAAUAAACAAACAAUAAAAAAAAAAUCAUUCAAAUAAUCAAUGUUUUGCAGGUGUUUUUUUUUUUUCAUUGCCAAAUAUUAAAUGGUGCUUUAUAUUUAGAUUGGGACGACUUUCAUAUGCAAAGCAUAUUUAAAAAUGAAAUGGAACUAAAGGAGCAGCCCACUUAAGUUCAUACUCUUUUGUAAAUGGCAAUGCGGAAUAUUUUGUUAUCAGCCUUUUCUAUUCCUGUUAUGAGAGCUGUUUGUUGUAACUUGAACUUGAACUUUAUCUUUUUCAAUGGGAGUCACUAUUUAUUAUUGCUUAAAUACUCUGUUCAAAACGGAGACAUACAAUGGAUCCUUUUUUUGUUCGUUCGUUCGUUUGUUUUCAUUUUUUAUGUUUUAUUUUUUUAUUUUAUUUUAUUCUAUUUUUUAAAGAAAAGAAUGACCAAAGGUCAUUGACAGACUUGCUUUUUGUUUGUUUCUGGUCUAUGUUAAGUUUUAUUGGAGAAACCACUGUCUGUGUUUUCUGGCAGUUGUCUACAUUAUCCUGUUCACCAACCAAUUUUGUCCCUUUAUUGAAAACAAUUAAUAAUAAAAAAAAAAAUUAAAGUA